CAAAAAACCGAGGGGCAAGUCGCACUAUCUCUCCUCCUCCCAAAUAUUGUUUCAUUCCUCCGUUUUUGCAGUGUUUUUUCUCCGUCUAUAAAAGAAGGGUUUGCUAUGGCUGAUUCCAAUAUCUCCGCUGUAGUGACAGCUAUGAAUCACUCUUCCAUUAGCCCCAACAAAUCACAUCGUCCCAUGAGGACCGAUUCUCCGCCCUGGACUGAAAUCGUCCGACAGGAAUCCGACUUGAUCGCCGGUAGUCCAUUAACGCAUUCGUCCUCUUCGUCACCGCCACCGUCCAAGGUUGUGACGGAACCGCAUGUCGCGACGGAGGAAGAGGAGGAAAGCGACGAGAAUGCGGAUACCGGGCUUAAUGACAAUGUCGGUAAUAGGCCCGCUUGGAAUAAAGCUUCUAAGGGCUCUACUGAGUUUGGGGCCGUCAUGGGGGCCCACACGUGGCCUGCUUUGUCUGAGUCGGCUAGGUUUCCUUCCAAAUCCUCUUCAGAUUCACCCCGAGGUUCAUUCGAUGGAUCAUCAGCUUCUCCUUCCAAGGUAUCUGUUUCUCAGGGUAGAGAAAGUGUGUCUUCAUCGUUAACUCCACAGAAGCCAGUUAGUAACAGAGCAAAUGCAAAUUCAAAUUUGGCUCAGAACCAUUUCGGUCCUGGACACCAGAGGCCAAUGAGACGUAAUAGUGAUAACUCAGCAUCAAAUGGUGGUCUCUCACAGCCCCCAUCUCAAGGUCAUGGAGUUGGAUCAUUCAUUAAUAAUGCUUCUUCUAGGGAUCACACACAGCAAGGUGGAUUCGUACCACAGUCUCAAACUGGUGGUAAUGAUCACCCACACCCACGUAAUUCUUUUAGAUAUCGUAAUGGUGGUUUCCAUCCACGAGGAGAUGGUUCUCACCAUCAGAACUUUGGAGGAAGGCGAAAUCAAGAUCAUGGAAAUCAUGAGUGGAAUGGCCGCAAUUUUAAUAGCAGGGGUGGUCACAUGCAACCAAGAGUUGCUCCGAGGUUAAUGAGGCAUCCACCUCCUCCUCCACCGCAUGGUACUAUACCAUUUAUUGCUCAUACUCCUAUGCGGCCUUUUGGCACCCCAAUGGGGUAUUCUGAAUUGACAUCUCUUUAUGUAGUCCCGGCUCCACCUCCUGAGUCAUUUAGAGGCAUGCCAUUUGUUGCACCAAUAGCCCCGGUGUUUUUCCCUGCUCCAGAGUCUCAAGACAGUCAGUUGCAUACUAGAAUAAUGAAUCAAAUAGAUUAUUAUUUUAGUAAUGAAAAUCUAAUUAAGGAUACCUACUUGAGGCAACACAUGGAUGAGCAAGGCUGGGUUUCUAUUAGAUUAAUAGCCGGCUUCAAAAAGAUUUCACAGUUGACGGAUAAUCUUCAACUUAUAACCGAUGCUCUGCAAAGCUCAGCAGUCGUGGAAGUUCAGGAUAAUAAAGUAAGGAAACGGAUCGAUUGGAUGCGAUGGAUAUUGCCAUCUUUUGUUCAGUUCCAUAACAGGACUGGUCAGGGUGCGCCGGUGGCUAGUGUUGAAAAUCUUUCAAUGGAACAGAGAACUGCUAACCAUACUGAGGGAACAACUGUUGGUGCUCUAGGUGAUCCGGCAAGUGAUUCAAAUUAAGCAAACUGUGCUGAUGUACAUAUCUUCUUGCAAAAGUUCCUGGAAGAUUGAGGAAAGAAUGAUUUUGACACCAUGGGUACAGCAAGUUGGGGGAAACUGUACGAGAAGACAAGAAAAUAUUGAAACUUGAGAUAGUAGAACAAAACCAUCUAGGCCUAUCGAAUUGUUUUUUUUUAAUAUCUAUGGGGAUGUUGGAUUUUGCAUUACUAUUUUUUAUUGGUGUUUAAAUAUGGGGAA